CUAAAAUCAUAACCUCAUUUUUAAUGUAUCUCAUGUUGAUCAUAUUUUAAAUUUUUUAUUUUAAUAAAUAGAAAAAAUGAAUUAUGUCUGCCUUUAAACUACAAUUUCUCAAGCAUUUACGCAACAAAACUAACAUCACUCUAAUAUCAGUUAGUACGUGCUUUAGAAAUUAUAAUAAUUUAGCAGUUGAUAAUAUUCCAGAAGUAUCGAAAACUUCGAUUAAAAAAGCUUUGAAAUUAAAAAAUAUUGGCUUUGAAGAAGGAUUUACAUGUUUUAUUACAUCAUGUAUUCUAUGCCAGAAAUCUAGCAAAAAUGCCAAAUUGUAUAUUAACAAAAAUACAGGUCUGUUUAUGUGUAGUGCAUGUAAGAAAACAGGUCAAUGGAAUAUAUUAGAAUCAUCUUUAAAUAACAAAAAAAGUAAAAAGGCAAGCCUUCAGGAAAACGAGACAGAAAAUGAAAGCGAAAAAAUUCAGAGGUUUCUUAAUGAAAUUCAAAGUACCACUAGUUACUUAAAAGCUCUUGAUGAAGAAACUUUAAAUAAAAUGUUACACAAAUUUAGGUUGCCUGUACUUCCAAAACCUAUUUUUGAUAUCAUUGAUGUGAGACUGAAUGAAAAACAAACUUCUAUAUACUUUCCACUAGAAAAUGUGGAAUCUGAAAUAGUUGGUUAUAGAAAAAUUCACAGUCGAAUACACGAAGAUUUAAUAUUACCAGAUGAAACUUGUGGAGGAAUUUUAACGGUUAGAGCACCAAAAAGUAAAGACACAGCAGUAUUAGUUCCCAGCAUUUCCGAUUUUUUGAUUCUUGCCAAUUCCAGAAUCAAUGUAAAUAUUGUUUGUUUGCCCAAUGGAGUAAAUAACUUACCAUUGUACGUUUUACCAAGUUUGGAGAGAUUUAAGAAGUUGGUACUAUGGUUCGGCAGUGAUAACAAAAGUUGGACAGCGUCUAGAAAUUUUGCUAAAAAAUUAGGCGAGAAAAGGUGUCAACUUGUCAGGCCUACAGAUAAACAGAAACUACCUCACUUGGAUCCUAGUCAAGAUUUCAAAUCUAUUAUAUCAUCGGCUCAACCUAUGUGGCAUAAAUCAGUUACAACAUUCUCUUCUUUGAGAUCUGACGUUUUAUCUGACCUCCAAAAUAUCGAUAAGGUUCAAGGUGUCAAGUGGAAGAAAUACCCAACGUUAAACAAAAUUUUAAAAGGCCAUAGAAGUGGAGAGUUGACCAUUUUUACGGGGCCUACUGGCUGUGGAAAAACUACAUUUAUUAGUGAUUAUUCUUUAGAUCUGUCAAUGCAAGGUGUAAAUACGUUAUGGGGUAGUUUUGAAAUCCGAAAUGCGAGAUUAGCAAAGACGAUGUUACAGCAGCUGUCUGGUAUCCCUUUAGAUGAAAAUUUGCAUUUAUUUGACUACUGGGCCGACGAAUUCGAGAAACUACCUAUAUAUUUCAUGACAUUUCAUGGACAACAAACUAUCAAAGUUGUAAUGGAAGCAAUCGAACACGCUACCUACGUCUACGAUAUUUCCCACAUCAUCAUCGACAAUCUUCAAUUCAUGAUGGGUACAUCAGAAGAUCAAAAGUACAUGGACAGGUUUUGGAAGCAAGACGUCAUUAUUGCUUCCUUCAGAGAAUUUGCUACGCGUAAAAAUUGCCACGUGACCCUAGUGAUACAUCCCAGAAAAGAAAGGGAAGACGAUGAUCUGACCACCAGCUCCAUCUUCGGCGGAGCGAAGGCGUCUCAAGAAGCCGAUAAUAUCCUUAUUAUUCAAGAUAAGCGACUGACGUCGAUUAGGGGGAAGAAAUAUUUGCAGAUCGUGAAAAAUAGGUAUAGCGGUGAUUUAGGCAUAAUGCCUUUAGAAUUUGAUAAGGCCAGUUUGAGUUUCCAACAGAAGAAGGCGAAGGAGAAAAAAAUCGACACACUUCUAUUACCUCAACCGAAAAGUGAU